UGCAGAGAGGCCCAGCACAGCUGUUUGUGAAGUCGAAGGUUUCCUGUUUCCUCUGGGCUCGCUGCAGUGACUCAUUUUGCUUUCAGCCAGCCAACGGUGCCCAUAGGAAUGUAGGGAGGGCUGCUUAGCCGAGCUGUGGCCCUUGACAAGCGGACACCCGGUAAAUAGCAACAAAUACAAGUCUCUGGAAUAUAACUGUUCACUGGCAGCCCUCUUUAAUCCGGAUUAAGGAGAUCCAGUCGCUAUGGAUCCUGUGGGCUGUUUGUGGAUUAGCACUGUGCUGUGGAGUUUGACAGCAGGCGGAUUGACACCUUACCGGCGGAGUGCGGAAUACCCGAUGCUUAGCAGUGAUCAAGACCGUAUCCAGUUAUGCAAAUUUUGUGAACCAAGACCGACAACUUGUACUGGUGAUUUUAUCUGUCCAAGUGACUGCAGUGUAACAUCUAUCUGUAAUGGAACAGAAGUAUGUGUAGCAGUCUGGAGAAAAACCACUAAGACCAUUACAAUGGAAGUUAUGUGUCAUGAUCCAGAAGUAGAACUGUACGGCCACAAGUUGGGUGACUCUGUAUCAGAUAAAUGUGUCAUGCAAAACAAGCAAUCACCGAGAGAAAGUCUAUACAUGUGCUCGUGUAAAGGGGAGGAGUGCAAUGACUUACUUUACUUUGAAAGUAUGAAAGAGAAUCCAGUUUCAUUCAACAAUGUAAACGUGCCUUCACUCCAAAACGAGAAUCAUGUUUCUCUGAGCAGCACUACCGCUAUACCUACACACCAAAAAGAAUACCAAAAGUCAUUGACCGAAAAAAUUACUGAACGAUUCUGCAGGAUCUGUGAACCAAGGCCUACCAAAUGUGCUGGUUCUGGGUUGUGUAGAAGCAACUGUGACAAUUCUAAUUUCUGUGAAAAAUCUGAAGUGUGUGUAGCAGUCUGGAGAAAUUCCACUGAAAAAAGUACAGUAGAAGUCAUGUGUCAUAAUCCAAAAGCAGAGCUGUAUGGUCACAGGUUGGACAACUCGAUAUCAGAGAGAUGUCAAAUGCAAAAGAAGGAAUCAGUGGGAGAAAGUCUAUACAUGUGCUCCUGUAAGGGCUUACUGUGCAAUGACGAUCUUCUCUUCAGAGGAGCCGUAGAUGAUCCGAAUUCUCUAAGCAACAAUAUAGUUGUGCAAAAUACCAAUAAAGACAAUCUUUAUGAGUCCAAGGAUGAUGGGACCGUUAUUCUUAACAGACAGUGCUAUUUAUGUAUUGUUAAUGUUACAACAAAAUGUGAUACAACACAAGACCUAUGUGAGAAUGACUGCACAAUUGUCACAACUUGUGAGUCCGCAAAAGAAGUUUGCGUAGCUGUCUGGAGGAAGGAUGAAAGUGAGACCACUACCAUGGAUGCAAUGUGCCAUGACCCCAGGAAGCCUCUGUUUGAUCACAUGUUAGAUGACUACAACAGCUCAAAGUGCCUAAUGAAAGAAAAGAAGAUGGCUGCUGGUGAGACAAUGUAUAUGUGCUCGUGCAAUGACAGCGAAUGCAACAAAAAUUUAUACUUUCGUGAAGUGGUUAAAAAUUGGAACCCUUACGUGGCACUGAUAAGUCUUCUUCCACCAAUUGGGAUUGCUGUAGCAGUUAUUAUCACCUUUUACUGCUACCGUGUUCUAAGGAAAAACAAACACCCCAGUGAGUGGGACAAGCAUAAAAAAUGCACAAAGCAUAAGGGAUGCAGUGAUGAUCAUGCCAUCAUGAUCGAUGAUGACCGUUCGGAUAUCAGCUCAACAUGUGCCAACAACCUGAAUCACAACACAGAGCUCCUACCCAUUGAACUAGAUACUUUGGUCGGAAAAGGCCGUUUUGCUGAAGUGUACAAGGCAAAACUUAAGCAAAAUACUUCCGAACAAUUUGAAACAGUCGCUGUGAAAAUUUUCCCUUAUGAAGAGUAUGGAUCCUGGAAGAUGGAGAAAGAGAUAUUUUCAGACAUAAAUCUGAAACAUGAAAAUAUUCUGCAGUUCUUAACUGCUGAAGAGAGGAAGACUGAUCUUGGGAAACAGUAUUGGCUAAUCACUGCCUUUCAUUCACAAGGCAAUCUGCAAGAUUACCUAACAAGGCACAUCAUCAGUUGGGAUGGUCUCUUAAACCUUGGAGGUUCUUUGGCUCAAGGGGUGGCCCAUUUGCAUAGUGACCACACACCGUGUGGAAGACAUAAAACCCCAAUUGUUCACAGAGACUUAAAAAGCUCAAACAUUCUUGUAAAAAAUGACCUGACUUGCUGCCUGUGCGACUUUGGCUUAUCUCUUUGGUUAGACCCUUCUCUAAGUGUAGAUGAUCUUGCUAAUAGUGGGCAGGUUGGAACAGCGAGAUAUAUGGCUCCAGAGGUCUUGGAAUCUAGAAUUAAUCUGGAGAACAUGGAAUCAUUUAAGCAAACAGAUGUGUACUCAAUGGCACUUGUGUUAUGGGAAAUAACAUCUCGCUGUACUGCCAUUGGAGAGGUAAAAGACUAUGAACCUCCGUUUGGUUCCAAAGUGAGGGAACAUCCCUGUGUUGAAAGUAUGAAGGACAAUGUAUUGAGAGACAGAGGUAGACCUGAAAUAAUCAACCACUGGCUCAAUCACCAGGGCAUUCAACUUGUCUGUGAAACUAUAACAGAAUGUUGGGACCACGACCCAGAAGCUCGACUCACUGCACAGUGUGUGGCUGAGAGAUUCACAGAAAUGGAGCAACUUGACAGACUCUCAGAUAGAAGUUGCUCGGAGGAGAAGAUCCCCGAGGAUUGUUUAGAAGACACAACCAAAUAAAAAUACUCUCAGGAAUUCCAUUGACUAUAUAAUGAAAAUCCUGUUUUUACGAAUGGGUUUUUUUUUCUCGAAAAUCUAUGCAAUUAAACUGAUUUGAAUAUUGCAUAUAUUAUGCAUUUUAAAUAUGAGAAGAAUAUAGAACGAAGUUACAUUGAAAACCAGAACAGUAUAUAUAUUUUCUGAAUUGUACUCUUCCAUUGCCACAAGAUGAGCAUUUAGAGGCUCCUCAGGAUGACAUAUAGCCAUAAUAUUUUUGCACUUUAUCUGUAUAAACUAUACAGUGGCUUUAUGGUAGGUAAGUAUUCUGUGCGAUAAACCAAAAAGUCUUCCUGAUUAAAAAUGUAUAAUACAUAGGAAAGAGAAAUUAUGAUAAAUGAUAUAAAAUAUAUAUAUAUAUAUAUUAUUUGCUAUUACUUUUUACGAAACAAAGAAUAAGCUGUGCGUGUGUGUAUUUAAGUGCACUGAAUAAUCAAGGAUUAUCUAUGAGAAUUUCUAUGAAUAAAGGUUUUUAUAUCAAAGAAACAGGAGUUUUUGUAGGAAAAGAAAAAAACUAUUAGGGCACUAUGCACAAUAAAAUGUUAAUAAAAAGGCUUAAACAAGUUCAUAACAUCAUGGGUAUAGAUUGACACCAUCAUAGAUGUAACUAGAAUAUGCUAUUUUAGAAUUUCUAGUUAUUUUUUAUAUUAUAAAACCACUCCAUCAUAUGUAAAGAGGAACUGCUAUGUGUUUAUUUUAUUUCAGGUUUUGUUCUGGUUUAUCUUAAUUGUAGCAGGAUAUGGCAAAAUUUGGAAACCAGAGUUUAUAUAGGAACAGCCAAUUGAGCAGUAAAUGGCUCCGUAUAACUUAAUAUACGUUUUUCACCUAAAUUUCAACAUAUGAAAAAAAGAUGUUAUAAUUCACAUGAGGAAAUGUCAGUUUUAAUUUUGCAUAUUUUUGUACAAUUUUACUCAAACUGAUUCCAACUGGACACUUUCUGUUUUGCUAAAGAAAUCUGAUGAAUUAAAAUUCAAAGUUUAAAUAAUAUUAUUUAUGUUGUGUAUCAUCCUAACAGUUAUAAUGCAUUUAUUUCUAAAAAUUUAACAAAAUUGAGGAAAAGCUAAACACAAGCUACAUGUGCAUUAGGAAAGGGACACUCCAGGCACCUUAGGUGCAAGAAUCAUUCUGGUUUAUUUAGGUUUUGCGAGAUACCUGAUGCAUGGUGUUUGUAAAAAAAAACAACAAAACAAUUCUUAACUCAUCUUAUCUCUCUUUGAGAUAUCUCUAAGAAAGCAAAAAUACAGCUAUAUAUUUCCCAUGUGGGAUACCUACAUUUCUCUCAUUGCUUUCUAUGAUAGCAUUGUACAUGAGGCUGUAAGUAGCCACUUAGAAUCAGAGGUCUGCCUGCAAGUAGCUUAAUUCAUGAAAAUAAUGAAUAAAUGAAGCAACUUUAAUAAGUUCACAUUAGCUACAAGGUGGCUUCUUUUAACUUGGUAGGUAGUUUCACUCUUUUCACUCAUUCUUUUUUAAAUGUUUUGCUGACGGUUCUGCUCCGUACUGUACAGCUUUUAACAGAAAGUUUUGUAUUUUUGUGUUUUUAUUUUUCCAUCCCGGAAAAUCUGUUCAUGUUACAUAUGCUUCCAGUUUUAAUAAAUAUAAAAGAAAAAGGUUAUAUACGUUUGCCCUCUAAUAUUAUCAACAUGUAACAAACUUAUUUUUUAUACAGUGUAUAUUUUGUCAUAUAGAGAAGCAAACAUAUGAUUAUCAGAUUGUGAUUCAUAGUAACAGAACACUUUAUACUCACAGAAUUUAACUAACAACAUAUUUGUAUUGUAAUGAUAAUACACAGUACACUAUUGUGCAAUGUAUUUUAUUUUGAUAAAGAAAUGUUUUACUCCAU